AUGUAUCCCUUCUUAAAAAUCCUGUUUCCAAGGUGCUGGAAUUGGGUCAUCCUCCCGUGCCCUAAUGGCAAACGUCAUGAGAGCGCUCACUGGAUAGACUUUGUAGAGAACGAGGAGAAGGUGCAGGUCAUGGCGACCGGUAAAAAUAACCGACAAGUAGUGACUGGUCCAACUUUAGCGGCGUCUAUGCCGCAAGGGGAUAUCGGAGGUAUGGAAAUUCGAAGAGGGGAGAAGAGACCAGCAUAUAAUGAUAGAAAAGUUAUGAAAGUGAAUGUUCGAAGUAGAAGCCUAGGGGUCGAAAACAAGAGCAUCGACAUAAAAUUGAGAAAGGGAUACCAACCACAGGCAACUGUAGAAUAUCAUCCGCGAACACACAGGGUGUAUAGCUUGCCCCUUCUUAUCCCCUCCAUUUCUGAAGUGUUGUAUGAACUUCACUGUUGGAGUGAAAGUGUACUGGCCUCUGCCACAAGCAGCUAG